AUGGCUCGGAUUGGAGCCCUGUCUUGGGAAAAGUACUGCCUGCGUCCCGUCCAGGCCAAAGUUCCCACCAGCAUCCCGGUGUUCAUCUAUGGCACAGCCUGGAAAAAAGACCACAGUGCUGAUCUCGUCUACGCCGCGGUCAACGCCGGCUUCCGGGCAGUGGACACAGCGGCUCAGCCUCGACAUUAUCAGGAGCAGCUCGUUGGCGAUGGAAUCCGCAGAGCCAUUGGCGACGGGGUUGUGCGCCGAGAGGAUCUCUACGUGCAAACCAAGUUUAGCCCCGUGGCAGCGCAGGACCCGGGCAAUAUGCCCUACGAUGUCUCUGCCUCACUGACGGAGCAAGUUCAUGCCUCGAUUAAAUCCUCGCUGCACAAUCUGCGCCCAAACGUCGACCCAAACAGCGUGGAGGACUCAUAUAUCGACACUCUGGUUCUUCAUUCUCCCUUCUCGACCAUCGCCCAGACCCUGGAGGCCUGGUCGGCCUUUGAGACUUAUGUUCCCCAUCGCAUCCGCAACUUGGGCAUUUCUAAUUGUACUCUGCCCGUGCUUCACGAACUGUGCACGUCAGGCCAAGUUACAGUAAAGCCGGCAGUGGUACAGAACCGGUUUUAUGGGGAUACACAGUUUGAUGUCUCUUUACGUGCCUUUAGUCGCCAGCACCAGAUCAUCUACCAGAGUUUCUGGACCUUAACCGCAAACCCUGCCCUAGUUCGGUCUGCGCCUGUACAGCAGCUUGCUUCUCUGGUUGAAAUCACUCCGGCCGCUGCUCUGUACAGUCUGGUUAUGGGUCUAGGGCAUGUCACUGUCUUGAAUGGCACGAAGAACGAAUCCCGGAUGGUGGAGGACCUUGCCGCCCCAAAGAAAGUGGAGGUAUUCACGCAACAGCAGCCUGAUACUUGGCAGAAUAUCUUAGCAAACUUUCAGAAUCUGAUUGGGGAGCCUGGGGCAUAG